GAUGACACCCGAAAUGCACUUCUUUCUCGCUGGGUACCCCAACAGUACCUUCCUUGACCUCCUUGGUACCACUCGAUCGGCGUUUUCGUACUUUCUCGUCGACAUUCGUACCUGCCAAGUGCCGCUUAGAAAUAAGCAGAACUUUAUUAAACUAUCACAUUCACUCCUAAGUUAAGUCCAGCUAUAGGAUAGUAAGAAUGACGAAAUUAUAUUAUUCCAUAGCCACACUGGUAUGUCUAUCCUUUGUUAUAGACUUAGGAGAAUGCAGGACGAUCGUCAAAAGGGGGGUUGAAUUAAAGCCAAUGGAUCCUCAUACACUUGCAGUACUAACAAAAAGCAGUAUCAUUAGAGACAAAAGGAAAGUAGACGUAGUAACAGGAGUGAAAAAUGCCGUAUUAGGAUUUGUUUUUAAUCCAUCAUCUUCGGUAAGCGCAUCGAAAGGAUUCGCCUGGGACCUACCCAAGCCAACUAGGAGACCUACAACUACACCAGACGCUGUAAUUUUCAAACCGGGUGAACCUGUAUCUUUGGAACUUCCCGACAAGCUGUUCGGAAGUACUUUCACUUUAAUUACGAAUCUGUCGACAAGAGUUGGAGAUUAUGCGAUGAGUUCAGCUGUGAGGGCCCAACGACUUCUGGAAUCGAUGAGACCAUUUUUGAGGACCAUUUUUGGAGCUGGAGGUAUUGUUAUAGAAGCAACUACCAACAGGCCUAUAUUUUCUGAUCCAAAUGCUAUUUAAUAAUUAUUAAUUUUUAAAUAUCUGUUGUUAUAUAGUUUUGAUAUAUAUAUAUAUAUAUUUUAUUGUACAAUAAAAACAUUGAAGUUUACAUUAAAAAAAUUUAUACAGUGACUUAAAAAUAUAACUUAACUUUAUUGUUAAAACAAUUAUCGAAUACUUAAGUUCUAAAAAAUAGUGUUUAAAAUCUUUUUAACUCAGUUUCUAAUUACUGGUUAAACAAAUAACAAUUUUUAAGACUUUAUUGGUG